UGCGUCACUACCUGAAAUAGGGAGACGAUAUCCUUCCACAUGUGACCGGUUGUUGACAAACGUAGCUGAAGGUGAAAGAGAACUGUGGUUUACAUGGCCAGAAACCAGGAGAAACAUCAUGGUAAACUGAACCGAUUGUGGCUUCAGAAAGAAAGAGAAGAGGGUCGGAUCAAAGAUGCACACAAAGCUAGACCCUCAUUGUCAUCCCUCAAUACAGCAUCAGCUGUGAAAAAAUGGAUUCCAACUAUCAAGAAUGAAAUCGAAUACUACCUCCAGCAGUCCCAGCUGCCCCACUACCCCGAGAGGAAGAUUUCGGAGUUCCAGCAGCACAUCGAAGAGCUGGGGGAGGAAUACAAACGCCACAUCCGCAAACUUCGAUCCCUCGACCCGUCGUGCAAGCACCAUCCGUGGACACCCCGGGCCUACACGAAAAGGAGACGGGAGGACAUCGGACCUCCAUGCGCAGCAAAGAGGCUUUGCACCUCUGAACCCCGUGACCUGACCGCAAGCAGCAGAGACGGUACGCCGGCCUCCGUGCGACCGCAAGGCCAUCUCCCAUCAGGCCCGGCGGUCCGCUCCGGCCCAGACCUGCCAGAUCAGGAUCAGCCGCUUUCCUUCGACGCGACCAGGAUGGCUCUUAAAUUAGCGGGGUCCCGGACGGCGCCGGCGGGCCUCCAUUCGGACGGCGUGACUCGCGCGCUCUUGUCGGGCCUGCCCAACCUCCACAGCUCCCCCUGGGGGCAGGCGACCGAAGCGCGGGGUCCUGCGGGCGCGCGGGACGGGGCGUCCGGGUCCCCUGACCCCAGCCCUGUUCCUCAGCGUGCGACACAAGGGCUGGGGCUGUGCUGUUACUCUUCCUCCGAUGAGGACACGUAGAGCACAAGCUGGCAGCUGAGCAAGAGAACAGUACACAUUGGCGAAGCGCCGCGGCAGAGGACUACUGCUGGAGUGUGCAGGGUGCAUGCGGUCUUCUUAAGAACUCCCCCCUCUUAAUGAGAACUUUUGAUGAUUUAAAAAAAAAAAAACAGGAUUAAUACUUGGCCAUGACAGUGGAACAGUGAAUACUGUUGUCCCGGUGAUGGGAAUGCUUAGUGUUUGAGUAAGUUUAGUAUUUUCCGGAAAAUACCACUUCCAACAAUUGCAUUAUGGGAAUUGAAAUGUGCCUGGUCACCACACAUAAUGGCAGAGCUUAUGAAAUUCAAUACAUCAACACUGUGUGCAGGUAUGAAAAUAAUGUUAUUUGGAGUAUACAGUAUAUGAUUAAACAUCAAUAAUUUUGAAUGCCUGGUUAGAAUUGUAGGCCUGUCCCAUUCCUUGAGCAUCCACCAUCAAUCAGGAGUGGACAUACUAGCACACUUGUGACUUAUUUUCAGUUGAAUGAAUGAAUGACACAUUGAAUUUAUAUAGCACUUUUCCUGAAGCUCAAAGUCCUUUACAACGAUCAGGGGGAAUUUGCCUCAACCACCACCAAUGUGUAGCACCCACCUGGGUGAUGCACGGCAGCCAUUUUGCACACGCAUCAGCUGAGUUGGAGUGUGAGAUUAAAUCUAAUUUUGCUCCGGAAUGCUCAACACACAUCGGCUGAGUUGGAGAGUGAGAUUUUAGGCAAUUAAAUCAGGAUGGUUAGGUGGCUGGUUGAAAGAUCCAGGUUUGGAAUUUAGCCAGGACACCAGGGAACCCCCUACUCUUUGCAGUGAGUGUCAUGGGAUCUUUAAUGACCACAGUGAGUCAGGACCUCGGUUUAAUGUCACAUCCGAAAGACCGCAUCUGGCCCACCAACACCACUUCCAACAGCAACUUUGUUUUCCCAGGGGGCCUCCCAUCCAAGUACCAACCAAGCCCACACUUGCUUAGCUUCCAGCAUUCAGUUGCUGUUCGGUGCUGUCAGUUGUUUUCAGUUAUUUUCCAAUCAACCAGAGGAGCUGCGCAGGUACUGUGUAGGAGGCCCGGGCAGGUGGCAUAGCUGGGUCACUGGCAUCUAACUGGCCCGGAAGAGUUGCCUUACGAGCAGUUUCAUAUAGGUUUCUGCUUUGGUCAACUUGUUAUGUGUUCUUUCUGUUAGAUGAAUCUGUUUUCAAUAUGAUGCAGUGUUAUGUAAUGUCCACGAAACAGAACAGUUCAAUAAAAACCAAGAAAAAGUGAAAGAAA